AGUAAAAUUUAUUCCUCAUGUAAAUUUGCCGCCUGCUCUUUGUGCGCUAUAAAUGCAUCGAUGAAUCAUGUGCUGUUAAUAUCCGCGGGUUGUAUAGAGAUCCAUUUUAAAUUCACAAGAGAAUGACGAACCGUGUUUUUGGAGGCGCUUUUUUGUUGUUAAGGUGUCUCAUUAAUAAGCAAACCGUUUACAAAGCAAUGAGCAACGAGCUAUAUGGUUCAUCUACUUCGUUUAGCUAGGAUCGAAUCGGUUCAGUAUAUCGCCUUUAGUGGAGUUCAAUUUUCGCCCACCUGUUUGUGUGGGGUACACACACGUGGUAGGAAAUUGUCGUGCACUGUGAUCAUCGUGUGGUCUGUAAUUAGGUGCGCAAAUUGAACAGUUCCAGUGCACCAGCCUUCCUUCAUUGGUUUGAUGCACUUUAAGGUAAUGGCAGUUGGCACACGAACGGACGGAUCUGAUUUAUUUCCGAGUGCAAAUCACCGGACACUUUGUGUUCCGCAGUAGUGUAGCUGUAAUUAUUUGUACACGAAAUACCACAAGAAUUAAUCACACCUUUCUUUACGCUGGUAAACACGGGAUGAUCAAUAAUGAUCGUACUCUAUUCUCGUUUUAAACGCCAAAAUGUUAUUGUUUGUAGUGAUUUCUGUACCGUUUUCGGCCAGAACCACAACAAAACUUCGUUCCGACGCUGGUCAUCUAUUUGUUGUGUGGUGUAUUGCAAGAAAUCACGAGAUCAGUGACACUUACCUAAAGCAUCGUUCUCCCGUACACGCACGCAACUACGGCCGUAAGCCGUUUUCUGUGCGUUUGGUCACCAAACUAACCAAAUCCACCAGCAUUCAACAUGGCGUUUGAUGUGGCAACGCACUUGGUUUGGGAUUAAAAAUAAGCACCGUGUCUCGCAACGCACGCCCUCCGACUCCCUUCGUGGACAGCGGACCACACAAGAAAAAAAAAACAAAAACCCCAGUGCCGAGCGUUCGAUGUCCAAUUCGGAAGAUUGAUGGUACCAACAGGUUUAGGCAGAUUUUCUUUUUCCCCAUAUCACGGGUUGCGGCUGUCAUCUUUUCGGCUGUGCGCGACUUCCGACACACGGUCGAAGAUAUGACUUUUAAUGUUGGUACCGUACCGUGGGCAAGAUUUACCGCACGGACAGCCGCGGAUCAUUCUGAUGAGGAUAAGAGUGUGAUGAUUUUGCUUCCUGCUCUCGGAAAGUAACACCGUUUCUUCUGGUGAUGGUGAAGGUGUUUUUCCUUUUCUUUGAUAACUUUCAUCACUCUUCAAAAUUGUGUUCCUUCACCACCCCAAUCUUUCUCGCUGUUGGAGUGAGGUUGUGGAUGAUCGAAAAUAACCAUGAUUCAAUCACAUCAUCCCGUGCUCCAUUCGAUGCGUUUUUGUCAGACAUUCAGAGUGGGGGCGGAUAGAUGGUGAGAACAAGCAACAUUGCCUACAAACCAGCUGACACUUUCGAUUUUCCCGGAAGUGGUUGGAUGGGCGAUCGGUCGAGGAUCAUCAGAGACAGCGCAGUGCGGACGUCCGUGCUUGGCAAUAAACAAUAUUCGCCUUUACGUCCGUGACCAAAGCCAAGGGUGCGCAAAUUGUGAACAUUGCGUACCGUAACCGAGGCGCCGAAGGUGUUGGUGAAGGUGCCGAAGAUCUUGGGAAGAUGUCGUAAAAAUUUCUUUGCACCAUCCAUUACAACAACCUUUCGCAACGAAGGUUUAGCAUGGUAGAGGCGUGUCAAUCGUGCGGCAGAACCGGUAUACAUCCCCUCCCCUUGGGGGAGGAAGGGUGAUAGGAUGAGUUUUUCCUCACACAUGUUUUUUCUUUUCUUUUCCCGACUCCCGUACGUGCGAGAGUUUCAAACUCAUGCGCAAAACAGGCUCUCGCACGCACGGACGACAGAAAAGUGGACUUGUGGACACAUUUUCCAUACGCACGCAGGUGCGGUCGGGCAGGUUUGGCGUUCGUGACGUUCAAUGGUUGGUCGGCGAGUUCCGGUGUAAUGUUGGUAUGCCAUAUACCAAAUCAGGAAGUGUACACAACCCGAUCCUUUGCUAACGGCCUUACGUGAUCGGGGACAACAAAAGCAUCCGAUGAUGCACAUCGUUAGAAAGCUUUGAGGUUUGGGAGAAUGAAUUAAUUUAUAGCUAUGGAAUUUAUUUACUUUUGUGAAUUUAUUUGCGAUAUGCACCAACAAGCAAUACAACUAUUUUUCCCACAAAUCCGACACACGGAAAUACGAUGGACUCGUGUCUCGAUAGUUGGUUUAAUACAACGAAGAUCGUGGUUCAAAUAUUUUCUAGAUUCGGACGACUCCGGUGCGAGAAUUGAUUGAUUCGUCAAUAAAACAAAUAAGUUAGUUUAUGGUUUUGCAUGAUCACAAUGAACUGUUCCCUCGGGAAAAAUAAGAACAAGAGAGAGAGGUCUGAUCAACAUAAAUUGAACGAGUUGUGAUUUAUUGAAGAUCGUGCUACAAGAUCUUAACGUUAUACAUUUUAUAUGAUCGACAGGAACAUAUGUUGUUGGCUAUUUGAGUACCAAUAGUGUAUAAAUUUGGAGUAUUAUUUACUUAGAAAAAGAUUAACAUAGGAUAUUUUAUUAGACGAAAAUAAGAAUCAAAUUUGGAUUGUUGGAUUCUCUUUACGAUCUACAAAAUUGUUAGCUACACACUUUAUAAUAGCUAUUCGUCUAGUUUAUACGGGUCUUUUCUUUCAUUCAAAUAGUCUACAAUACCUUACAAGAUGCAAAAGAUGGAUUCAAAAUUGAAUGAUUUACCCGAAUGUGUUAAAAACAUGUAGAGAUGUUGUAAUGCCUGAUUUACGCAAAUUAUGGUGGCAGCAUCGUUAUAAUAAAAGUCCAAAAUAUCUUCCUCCCGUUUUUUGUCCAGUAAUUGUACUUUCUACAGCAAUCAUUAUUUCGUGUUAGAUAAGAAUGGCAUCGGUAUUUUAAAUAGCAUCUAUUUUAACGAUGUCUAAACCGUAAGUUGAGCAGUAAAGCGAGUCUUUCAUAACCGCGUUGCCGUACCAUCGUUACUAUACCACGUUACGAGGUAUGUUUUAUGGUGGACAAACAAAAUCCCAUCUUCAUCAGCGUUUUGUAACGCGACCAUACAGUACGGUACCGCUUUACACUGCACAUCAGUUCCGUAUCGACCGUAGACUGACCAAACGAUCGCCUUUUACUUGAGGUUCACGCCUCGUGCACCGGUCGGAUUGCAUCUUCAAUUGCAUCUCGGUUAGACCUGUUUUAUGGCUCUCGGCGCACUUAACGUUUAUCACUUUCUUCGGUUUUCCUUAUUCUCAUUUGUACUUCAACCAACCCCACCAGCCACCCCCAAACCGAGCACUUGAAAUGGAGUACCCGCGUGGGUGAAGGAAGGAUCGAGGUGGAACAACCGUUUACGUUGCCCAACACAGAAGGGGCAAGUAGAAAUUAAUCGAUCUCGCCAAGUUCUCUUGGGGCACGGCGUUCCGGUUCCGGAGGCUUCGGUAGCUUUUGCUGGUGCUUUGCGUUACAUCUUAAGGUCAGUCCGAGUGCUUCGCAAACCAGUUCUCGGUGUAGUGGCUUUGUGAGAGAGAGAGAGAGACGACUAAAGAAGACGAAGAGACGGAUCAAACAACGAUACAAACAAAAAAUGCAUCUCGGCGAAUGUCUUCCCUCCAGCGUGCAAGACGACGCACUCGCGACAGACGCUUUUGCUCACUGACACCCUUGUCUGCGUUACGGUGCGGGCGCAACUCACAGUUGUCCGUUACAAGUCGCCCCAAAUAGACGUCAGGACGGAGGCUCGCUUUGGAUCGUUUCGCAGCCAAAGUGUUACAGAGUGUUCUACUUGUUGGAAAGUGUUUUUGGUACAGGGCUUUGCUAAAAAAGGCGUGACGCAAAUUAUUGUGUGUACGUGUUGGAAGCGUUUCGAUCGUUAGGGAAACGCAGCGUAUGUUGAUGACCUCCUCCUCAGUCCUGGGGUCAUUUAGUUGUCAACGGUGUCCUGAUGUCAUUUGCCACUAAUCGAUCCCUUUCGCCGCACGGUAUCAAUCGACAAAGCGUUACUGACGCAACGCAACAAACAAACCUCAAAAGCGUUCAUUUUGGUCCGCUUCUCUUCCCUGAGGAGAAGAAGGCUGUGGUGCGAAGUGCAGUGAACCGACUAGUGAGCGAAGGUAGUGAACGGUGCUGUUUGCAAGUUUCCUGUGCGUGAAAUUCAAAGUGUAAGCAGUAAUAAUAAUGGCAACGAUUACAACAAUUACUAAAAGUGGUCCCGGUCCGGCGCCCGCCGUUCCCACGACGGCACAGUUCAAGAGCCAUGUCUACUCGAAGUACCGCGAGCUGCUCGGUUCUUACAAUGACAAGGCGAACGAUAUACUGCAGACGUACCCGGCGUACCGUGUCAGGGAGGAUAAGGGAUUUGCCCUCGGUGGGGAAACCUACGGUGGACCCCCCCAACAGUCGACGAUCGGUAACUCGGCACGUCGGAUACAGGCACAGCUACCGGCAGAACCGCCGGCCUGCGUACAGAAUGCCAUGAUGCGGCGGGAUAAACAACCAUUCACCUACACACCGGGCGGUAUCGAUCUGUCCCAGAUCAAAUCGCCCCGUAUGGCGAAGCGAAUAUCCAGAAACGCCAACUCGGAAGGUGUCACCGGUCAGCCCAAAGUGUCUCCAUUGGCACAGAACAAUGGUUCCAAUCACAACGGCAACGGCACCAGCAACGGAAGUUCCGUGUCACCGGCGGCUACGCUCGGUGCAGCAGCAAUGGGUAUGCCCUUUCAGGUAUUUCCUACAGGACCUCCAGCACCACCGCCGCCACCACCACCGACGGGGCGUGUAGUUCCGUCGAACGGUGGCAACAGAUCCGUCCCACCGCCGCCACCUCCACCCGGUCCGGGUCCUGCACUACCCACGGCCAGUAGCUCGGAAGCUCGAAAAUCCCCAAGACCACAGAGUUUCGAGCCACCGCCGAUGGGUAUGCGGCCCGAAAUUAAGAUACCACCGAAUCCGAUGGCGAGUCUGCGCAAAGCACCGAGACCACAGCCCAAGAACGACUUCUGGAUAGAGGAGUACCGGCGGGAGAAGCAGCAGGACGAGCCUCAGAUUCCUCGACCCGUACCACCCAGCUACAGCUACACGAACAGAGAUCUAGACGACGAAGCACCGGCACCGGUGUCGGCUAGACCGUCUCCGUCCGUGCCGUCGCAACAGCUCACACAGAACAACAUCAGACCAGCUGCGGCCGAUGUGUCCGUCCCGGUACAGCAACAGUCUACACCGGCGUCGGUACAGCAACAGCAACAGUACGCCCAGCAGGUUCAGCAAGCGGCCCGGUCGGUAGGGCCACCAGUGUCGCAAACCACGGUUACGAUGCCCGUAAACCGUGGCUAUCCGCAACAAGCUCCAGUGUAUGCACAGGCGCAACCUGUGUACUCUACUCAGCCAUCGGCAGGAACACAGAAGGAACGUAUCAUACCGAUACAGAUUGAAAAGUCUCCGGUACAAGCACCAGUAACGGCCCCGAAUUUUGCACCACCGCCAUACUACAGCCCUAGCGCACAGUACGGUCCGGCCGGUGCCAACAGCAGUAUGCAGUCACCGAUCCCGGUUGGAUUUGCGACACCGCACAGUGGAUUCACCACACCAACGGCCAUGUUUACCAAUCCGAACCAUUUCGUGAACCAAGGCUACAACAACAUCAGCUAUCCACCGACACCGACCGGGCAGCCGCAACCGCAUCCGCUCUACCAACACCAUCAGCACUAUCCGCCACCACAAACGCCACCAGUUCUUCAUCAUCCGAUGCAUCCGCAACCCCAGCAGCAGCAGCAGCAGCAGCAGCAGCAACGCAUGCAACAGCAGCACACGCCGCCACAGCAACAACCGAAUGUGACGAACGUGCGCAUCGUACCGAUCAAGGUGGAGGGUGCCGAACAUACCGUCCGUGGACCACUGUCCAACACGCCGGCCAUCAUUCAAAGUGGUGAUCGUAGCUACGUCAUUCACGAUAUCCCGCUAGAAGCUAAGCUUCGCUUUCUUAAAAAUAGACUCAGCGAUCCUCGAAGCAGCAGCAACACUCAAUCAUGGAAUGGUAACAGUGCACCGAACCAGUCACGUUCGUUCCGAGUGCUGCAGCAAAUAACGGACACGCUGGACGAAGCGGAGGCCGAAAUGAACGCAAAGGAUCAAUCCAAUGGUCAGUCUAGCGUAGCCGACCAAACCGACGGCACCAAACAGCAGCAAUCUUUCGGACGUUCUGGUGGUGCGGUUAAUGCGGCUCAACAGCAGGACAUGGCAGAAGGACAGCUGCGUCGAUUACAGCUCAGCAACGAAGAUAAGGCUCUGAUGAAUAGAGUAAAAAAUCAAGUCGACGGAGAAGUUUAUCUCCAUAACGAAGAAGAUCCUCGCUAUCGCGGUGCGGCCAUACCGUCCAAAGCGUUCAGGUAUCUGCAGAACAUGACCGAUAGCGGUCAGGCUGCGAACCAAAGCAACAACGGCUCUGGUAAUCGUGCACAGCAGAUGUUCAACCGUGGAAACUAUAGCGAUUCAGAUGGAGAUACGCAGCAACAAUCGCAGCAGUAUGUGCCACCGAGCGAACAGAAGGUGGAAGAACCAAAGAAGUACACCGGUGGUUCCAUCCCGAGCCGUUCGUUCAAGAUGCUCCAGGCAAUGACGGACGCACCAGCCGAUCCAAAUUCCUCCGACAGUGAGGGUCCUAGUGUAAAGCUGCCUCACGGCAGCGGCACAGACAUUCGAUAUUCUCCCUAUCCCUAUCCACCGCAACCCUACUUUUGCUGUCCUAAUCCCAAUUGGCAUUACUACGAUCCCACCACUAACCCUCAGUACUAUCCACCCCAUCAUCCGCCACCACCUCAUGCACCCGGUUACUAUUAUCCGCCCAUGCCACCGCCCGGUCACUUUGAUCGGGGUGGCGGGUAUUACGGUGGGUACAUGUCUCCGCAUCACUUUUACUACGCACAAGAACCGUGCUCUCCGUGCACACCGCCUCCGUACUAUCAGCUAAGCCAGCCGCAGACGGCUUACUGCGAGACAAUCCCGAACGAGGCAAUUCACACGUACGUGAUCACAACGCCUCCUCCGCGCAUCGUCGUUACACCGACACCGGACGAUUCUUGCUCCGAUAGUGAGCUGCAAGCGAUCAAAGAACAGCUCGGCGAGCUGCGCAAUGUGCCCGGCGAGUUUGCCGGGGUAGAACCGACCGACUACGGUGGUCCCAUCCCUUUGACGCGUUCGCAAUCUAGUCUGAAGCGGUUGUCCGAGCGCUUGACUAAUUUUAACAACGGGUUCAGUGAGCCAGAUAGCCCCAAGUCCUCUGUGCGCUGCUCACCAUGCAGUCCACUGAACGAGCGGUAUCGUACGUACGAGGAAAGUACAUCUUCGGUACCUUCGUCUCAGUCUGAGGCUUCAGACUCGGAAGACGAAGAUACAUCCAAGCCCAAGGCAGUGAGCAGAACUCAAUUGCAAACCAAUGGCCAUGCGAAGGAUACGGAUACGGUCCGUGUGAAUGGGUCUCGUGCUUUAGCCAAAGAGAAAACUCCCGAAAAGAAGAACAAUGUUGAGGAUGAUGAGGAAGAUGAGGACGAAGAAGAUGAAGAUGAAGAAGAGGAAGAGGGUGAAGCAGAAAGUGAAGAGGAAGAAACAGUGGGAUACGGUGCAAACGGUGAGCCACCGGUUGACGAACAUUUGCCACACCAACUGAGCGUGAUCUUCGAGGAGGAAAGUAUGUACGGACAGUCAACCGUGGCUAGCAGACGUACCAGCGUGUGCAGCAACAGUUCUACGCUGAGUGACUGCUCUUCUACGCUGGCCAACGAUUUAGACGAUGAGAAGGAUGUUGAUGGUCAACCGAGCGGCAACCGUACCGACGAUGAUAUCGAUCGUAUAGACGAGACGGAUAUGGAAAAGUCGCUGGUUUCGGUACGUCUACCGCUGAAGCUAUCGUUUAGUAAAUCGCCCAACAAUGAGGAUAUAGCAACGCUGGUCGUUGGAGAAAGUGAAAUUACCGGAUCGAAAGAGAAGCUCACUGGUUGUAAUCGAUCUGUACAAGAGCCCGAAGACGACAGUGGUGACGAGAGUGACACAGAGGAGGAGGAAGAGUCCGAGAAUGAAAGUGAGUCGAGUUCAGAGGAAGAAACUGAUACCGAUGGAAAGAAUAAGGCGAGCCCUCAGAAGACGGAAGAGAACAAUGUAGCUGAAAAGCUGUCCAAUGAGACGGAUACCGAUGUUACGGUGACCAUCACUAUUCCAUCGCUUUCGGGUAAGGGUAAGCCGAAUGAACGCGAUAGUUUGAGUCGUCCAGAAGCAGUGAAGCAUGAGGCACCGGUAAAAGCUCCCUUUAAAAUCGACUACGAAGAAGCAUCGGAAGUAUCGGUGUCAGUGUCGUUACCGCUGAAGCCCAAGGGUAGUUCUUCUGGUGAUAUCGUCAAGCAGCCAGACCGGGAAGAGACAUUGAACGAGAAGCUAUCGAAUGAAGAAAAUGGAAAUGGUGCUGCUGGCGAAGACGAGGAAGAGGUUGACUUUUGGAGUCAAAUUGGUGAUGAAGAUGACUAUCAACGACCGGUGCGAUCCUACUCAAGGGACAUGUGGAGUAGUCGAGAGUUUAGCGUUGAUCGUCAGAGUGUUUGGAGUCAGGACGCAGAAGAAGAUGAAGAAGCGAGCACUACUGGUACGACCGAUUUCUGGAGUGCCGAGAAUGGUCCCACGGAGGCGUCCGAUCUGUGGAACUUUGGUAAACAUAGUUCGCCAUUGCCAUUGGUGCGUAAUGGUAAGAACGAAAUGGUACAAGAUGAAAGUAAGGAUUCGUUGGAAUUCUGGCAGAAGGAGAACGAGCGACUGGUGAAGGAUCUGUACGAACGUAGGGCCAGUGAAAUAGGCUACCAGGGAAUGUUAACGAGUGGGUUCGUAAAGGACGAAAAUAAUAACAAGACGUGCGUGCCGCAGGAUAAUACAGGUGGUGUGAAGACGGAGUUGCAGAACGAUCGUAAGACUGAAGAUCACAGUGAGGAAGAAGCUGAAGAUGGGUCGGAUUCCGAGAGUGACAAUGAUAGUGAAGAGUAUGAAACGUCGAACACAUCGAAGGAGGACUCGGAAGCGGAACAGGACGUUGGUGAUGUAUUAUCAAAGCAGGAAGACACUCUGGAUUCUAUGAAAAAGUUGAAAGAUGAGCAGAUGCCGUCUGUGAACGGUACUGCCGAUAUCAAAGGUGCCAUCAUGUCGCAAGACGAUGGCAGUGUUGUAGACAAGGUGGAAAAGGAUAAAAAGUUAUCCGUGAAGGAACGGAUAUCGUUGUUUGAGACGCAGGCUGUACCUUCGCUGGAGGUGACAUCGAAUGGUCGCGGCACAGUCACCCCUACGAUGGGUAGCCGCUUACGACCGCUCUCGAGACAGAGGCAGUUUUGCGAAGAGUCCGAGGCGGAGGACGAUUCCGGCGUGACGUCGGAUAUGAGCAAACACAUCUCAGAGGUGGAGACGGACUCCGAGUGCUUCCCGGAGAUGCGCAAGAUGACACGGUAUCAACGUGCGGCCACACAUUCCAGGUUAUUUAAGCUUUUGCAGGACGAAAGUAACAACGGUGAUAGCGAGGACGAGGAAGCUAGUGAAGAUAAUAGUAAGGAGCAGGAGCAGAACAGAAGCAACAUGAAGCAACAUGAUGCAGGAACGCGGGAGGAAAACACGACCAAUCCGAAGAUGGUCAUCAACCCGAUCGUAAACGGUGCCAGUCGCAAGACACCAGAAGAGCCCGGCAGCAUGGUGGGCAACGUGACGGAAGGAAGACGCGAUCGAUUAACGCUCCCGAUCAGUCAUCAAUCGUCGUCGGGCAACGAUAGUCUGUCCUCGUCUACCUCCUCAGCGUCUCCUGUAUCAGGAACACUGCAGAAUGAAAAACUUGCCGAAGAGCUAGUACAAAGUUUGUUGAUGAAGAAGAAGGGUCGUUUGUUCCGGAAUUUGCCGCUGGAAAAACUGCACGCCGCUGCCCUGAAGAUUCUGCAGGAAGAUCUCGAAUCGAAUGGUACGAUCAGCUCGACGGAGGACAAUAUGGCGACGGUGGAUUCGACACCGGCCUUAACACCGCAAGAAUUUAAAAGCGAGUAUCCGACCUCAUACUCCGAUUACUAUGACACGUGGUGUAGUGAUGCGGUGGUGCAGCCUAACGGUUGUUACUCGGAUACCGGGUCAGACUGUGGGAUGGUGAAGAUGUUCCGCACCGUACCGGAACAUCAGCUUGCACUCGCCAAGAAAGAUUCGCGCGUAAAUGCCGGCAAUGGUCAUUGGUCACCGAGGUGUCCACGGGUAUUUAGUAACAAGAAUAUUCCGCGGCUGAUGGGUGUACGGGAGUCAGACGUAGUGGAACCACCAUCGCGCGGCUCACGACCACCAUCCCGAGCGUCGAAUAGCCGAUCGCCGUUCACGGUCAUCACACCGGCUGUCGGCAUGUUUAACGCCAGCAGUCCGAUGGAUGAUUGUCCGAACCGUGCCAACACUGCCAACCGACAGUUUAAGCUGCAGUAGUAGUUAGUGCGAUCAGUAGCUCUCACAUACACUGCCAUGAAACGUCACUGCCUUACUACCAGUGCCAUUAUAGUGAACGAAAAGAAAGAGCGCGUGGAAAGCUAUCAGUGACAGAUGCGAGCACAAAAGAUAGGAAACGAAAUGUACUGAAUUUUUUCACGAUUGAAAAAUGGCUGGCGACCGAUCUUGUACUAUACUGGCGUCUACUAUUGGCGAACGAUAGUUCGCGCCCUUUAGUCGAAUCAUGUUUGAGGACGCAUUUAGUAGCGGCCAUGCACUGUGUAUAUGUUUCUGUAUAUAUAGGAAUAUUUAUGUGAAGACUAUCCACCCGGACGGGUUUUGCUCGGAACACUGGCCGGGAAAGAUGUUAGCUGAUACUUCUCCGCCACACACCAGAUCAUGCCUUCCCCGUAUCCUCACUCCUCACGACACGACGAUCCCGUUUCCUUCCCUAGCAUGUAACCUUGCCUUAUGUUUUGUGCUAGUAGGUCUCAUGUUUGCCAUUUCUGGACGCGCACGACGCGAGCAUUGGUUACGUUUUCGCUACGACCGGGAGAACGCCCCCAAAACCAACCCCAUUGAUGCCAUAAAAAUGUUCAUCAUUUGCAAUACCAAAAAUUGGAACAAGAAAAAAAACCAUCCGCCUUCCGUAAACUGAACUAAAAGCACAGAAAACCUCUCCAAACAAAAAACCAAAGAAAAUUCAAAAGAAAAUCAAAUCCAAAAUCUUUCCCAUCAAGAUUUGCGAGAAACAGGUCCCGGUGAAACUGAUUUCUAAAUGCAACACAACAGGAAUAACAAACAAAAAAAAUGCACUAGCUUAGUACUUAUCGAUAGUAAUCCGUGGUCUCCUUCUAGUUGAGUUGAAUUUUGGGUUUACAGUGCAGUUUGUUUUGCCUUCAAUUGUAUAAUAUUGUUCGAUGGUUGUAUUUUCCAUCUACUUCUUUCUGUCAUUUUCUUGCACUGGUUUUACAAUAUAAAAUUGUGACAUUUCCUAAGUUUUGUUUUGUCUUCUUUGUAGUUUAAAUUCCCUGCUUCAUUUGGAAAGCGUUACACCAUUUUUGUUUUUACUUUUGUUUUCUUAUGUGACUUAUUAAAACUUAAAAACUUACAGUAACAGCUCGUAUGUUUACACAGCAUUUUCUUAUUUUAUGCUCAUAAGCAGACGUACGUGUAGGCAGUUGUUUAGGAAGCUUAAACCAGUGAAAACAUACUUAAUUAAACCAGUUGAACGUUUACAAUGUACACUUAAAUCUUAUGCAAAUGAUAACAGUGACCUAGCCAGCCUGAUUUGGCUUUUGUUACGAUCAUAUACAGUGUUGAAUUUUGAGCAUGACUAUGCAUUAAGGCUACGACAAGUUUCCCCUUUUUUUGCUUCGUCUGAUUUGUUUUAAAUCUUUGUUUCACUUGUGCCAAGAGCAAAGUUAGUGUAGAAAUGCAAAUGGAAAUCAAUAUAGUGCGAUAUACCUUUUAAUUCGUUUUUGUUGUUAUUAGCUGUAACCGUAAUCCUGUUUCUCGCGUUAUCUUGAAUUUAAUAUGGUUUGUGAUUGAUUAAUUGAGGUGUGCUUUUUUAAGCUUUCAUCAUUUUGCGGCAGUAAGCAAAUAUUCUAAAUCGGAACGGAACAGCACAUGGAUUGAUUGUGUGCGCGUAAGGCAUCUUCCAACGCGCGAAAGAUAGCGAAGAAUUGUUAGGUGAAAAAAAUUGCCCACAAACGUUUGGCAAACAACUAAAACCAUCCUCCAAUGGACACAAUCGAACGAAUGGACAAACGGAUCGAAAACACAAUCCCUGCUGAAAAAAAAACAGAAAACGAAUGAACAAAAAAAAAUCAAUGAAGAUUACGAUACAUGUUGAAUCGAGAUAGUAUCCUUUCAAACUAUGAUGAAUUCUUAAAAAGUAUGGUUUUGUUUAUCAACGCGUGCACUAUAAGUAAGAGCAUUGCUUAUGAUCUGUAAACAAGCACUUAAUAUUGUUUUAUUUUCGCUAUUGAACAAUAAAGAACAAAUAUGUUAUUAACGAUAAGAA